AUGGCAAACCUAAAGGACUUGAAGUCUUUCAGACAGGUCUCUUGGAAUCUGCUAUUGGCCAUUAUAGUCAUCAAUGCCAGUGUUUUUAGCUUUGGAUUUGAUCAAAGUGUCUUCUCGACGAUCCAGGCAAUGGAUGCCUAUGAAAAGCGAUUCGGCACUUACAAUCCCUCGACACAAGAAUGGAGCUUUACUGCGGAACACUUAUCGUUUCUGAACUCGUUUGGUCUUCCUGCAAAAUGCCUUGGCGCCGUGACAGGCUUACUGGUGGCGGAGAGGUUUGGAAGAAAACCGUCUUACAUCGCGAUGCAGUUCAUCGUGAUUAUUGGAAUUGCCGUCAGCUAUAGUGCCCAAAAUUUUGGGCAGGCACUUGGUGGAAGGAUCAUCGUUCAAUGCUUUGUGGGUUGGGACAACUUCCUGGCGCCGAUGUUCCUGGCCGAGAUCAGCCCUACAGCCCUCCGAGGUGGCAUCGUGGUUGUGUAUGUUUUGGCACACAUUCUCGGCUCCUUGAUAUGCUCCUUUGUGACUCUCAAAACUUCUUCGUUUGAAGGUGAUUCAUCCUGGCGGAUACCGCUAGCGUCCAUGUUCGCAUUCCCGUUGUUUGUUUUGGUGUUUUUCUGGUUUGUCCCCGAAAGCCCUCGUUGGCUUGUGCGAAAAGGUCAAAAUAAGAGAGCCAUAAAACAUUUGUGCUGGCUAAAGGGGUCUUCCGUCUCGGAACAGGAUGUGGCCACCGAAGUUGGUAACCUUCAUGAGAGCAUUUGCUCGGAUUUGGAAACGAAAGGCCGCUGGGUGGACUUCCUUAAAGGACCAAACAGAAGACGACUCGGAAUUGCAAUAGGAGUGGCAAUGUUCAACCAAUUGACUGGCCAAAGCUUCAUGAGUCAGUACGGAGCCAUCUUCAUCAAGGGUCUCAAAACGAUGGAUCCAUUCACUUUCAAAGUCAUAUCUUCUGCCGUCACAUGUCUGGGUCCUAUUAUAACCUUUUCCUUCGUUGACAUCGUCGGUCGACGCAAAUUUUACCUCACCGCAGGAAGUGCUUGUACUGCCGUUCUUCUGAUCUGCGGUGGUCUGGGAAUUGGAAAUGUCACAUCUGGCGACAAAACGGGUAUUUUGACGGCAUGUGUACUGUUUGGAUGGUUCUAUAUCAUGUCCUUUGGGGCUAUUGGCGCUGUGACGGCAGCAGAAGUUCCGCACCUGCAGUUGCGUGACAAGUCUUCGAUGGUUGUUUACUUGACUCAGUUUGUUUGCGAUUUUGUCGUGUCCUACACCCUACCCUACCUCUUGGGGACGGGAUAUGCCAACCUUCACUCGAAGGUCGGAUUUAUCUAUGGCGGAUUCGGUAUUAUUGGACUUGUCUGGGCCUUCUUUUGUCUCCCGGAUAUGUCAGGGCGCUCAUUAGAGGAGCUAGAGAUCAUGUGGACUGAGAAAGUUCCCGCACGUCGGUUCCGAAAAUGGAAACGUAACGGUGCUGACGACGACUCAACGUCAUCUGAGAUUCAGAAAGAAAUGGUUAAAGUUUGA